AUGGAUAUUUCACAAACAGUUGCUUCCUGGCUUUCUCUGGCCGCAACGGUAAUCGGCUUGGGCUCCAUCGUGACCCAAUUCGGGAGCCUCAUCGAUUCCGCAGAUCCUUUCCGUGCUUUGAGAGACCUUCGGCAUUUGGGCAGAUGGAUGCUCCAUCAGCCGCAUAUUCCAUGGUAUCGCGUUCUCAAACCACCUCCCGUUGGCCCUGUCAUCGCUGCCAAUCUGCCCCAUGGGCUCUGCGGUCGGAAGACGGUACACAUCAGUCGCUUACCACUGACACAGCCAGCUGGGAAGGCUGGCUGGUCAGUGAUACUUGCAGUCAUACACUCUCCUCCAAGCCAGGAGUACGAAAGCGGAUCAUACUUCAUUCAGCCCUCCAAAGAGCACACUGGAGAUAUGAAGCACAUAACGACCAUCAUCCGUGAAUCACUGGUGGACGUUUCGAAGGGCACAUGGGACGACCUUCCUUUACGGCCUCUUCUCAAGCACAGACGCUCCUCAUGCGUAGUCAUUUCUCGCACAACCCUAAUGGCGCUCUUCUGCGUGACCAAUGCUCGACCGGCAUUCAGGCAUAGCGGCGCUUCUGGCUUUCGCGCAGCAUACCCAUCCUACUGCGGACAGUGGCUUGUGGAAUGGCCCCUUGGAGACAUUGCACAUGUCAAAUUUGCUGCUCACGAUUCGCAUGCACACUCGAGGGAUGUUUAUCCCAUGAAGUUUCAAAGCAGAGUAGAUAGGUGUCUGCAAAUGCUCGCCGGAGUGGUGUAUUCAUCAGGACCUACCUCUUUCAAAUGUGCCUUUCCAGGACGAAAGUCGUCCGGGCAAUGGAUUCUGAAGUACGCGGUUAGAGGAUUUGGCGGUGCGCAUGGCGGCAGACAUCUCUACAAUAUGAUAGGAGGCAACGUGAAUGAGGUGGACUUUCUCUCGAUGAAGCCGUUAGGUGAUAGUGACAUAAUAAGCAACAUGAUUAGGCUCGACCUGCCUAGCAGUGAAGGCAAUAAUCAUGUUGUUGAUUUAUUUGUCCCUGAAGAGGAGGCUAGAGCUCUCAAUCGAGCCCUCGAUUGUCUCCCUUGGUCCUCUCUCUCCUGGUCGAUUCAUCGGGGCAUGCGCGAUAUCCUUGUUGCAUUUGCUAAACCGAGAAUGGAUCGAUAUCGAGAUCAGUUAGCUGAAACCCUUCGCUCCGCGGUGGAUAGAUGGCCGGAGAAAUUGGUUGCUCGGGGGUGGGAUGCCCAGUUCAUCAGACGGGAUAUGGCACAUAUGGCUACCAGUGCUGUUGCGGCUGGUAGCGGGAACUCCGGUGAUGUGGUCAGAAUUGUUACAGAUAUAGCGAUGAUCCUGUGGGAUGGCACAACUGCAGAACUCGAUGAGACGACCUUUUGGAGAUAUGACGACUCUGUCGAGAGUUCUCCUGUUCUCAGUCCAAUGGCUGUCGUCGCUCUCGUUAAGUGCUUCGUUUUGGAAUGGAGUGUUGACUUGGACUACCAGAUGUACCACGAUUUACCUCUGGAACUGUACCUAGGAUGA